UCAACUCAUCCUUAGGUGGCUGACUGCACCAUCCAGCUAAUCUAUGGCUGUAUCUCAUCAUGGUUAAGUGCCGACCAACGCACCUCCUUAUGUUUCUAAAAUAAUCUGGACCCGUAUUGUUGGAGUGAUUGACUAGAGGCCCUGUGUGAAUUAUUCAGAGUAGGCUGUUCACCUAGGAGGCUGUGGUUGGCUUUCUGCUCCCCUCGGUCUCUACUGUAUACAGCCUUCCCGCAGGCAGGUGUCACCUGAAACGGCUACCGUUUGCAGUGUGUUUUUGGGGGGUUUAUUUACAUGAAACAUAUUCGUGAUUGUGAUACGCUGUCAUUUAGAGUAGUACUGCAGUUUUUGGGUGUAACCAUUGCUGAUAAUUCUGCAUUGUGUGGUAAGUACAGAUUGCUUUACACCAUGAAUGUGUCUUUCUUUAUUCAAAAUACGACCAACUGUAAUGUUAUAUGGAUUUAGAUAGAAUGCAUUGCUGAGAAUGCCAGUUUGAUCAUGUAACUCAGAUUUGAAUAAGCACAUAUUUUACCAGGCACAUGCUACAUAAAAUAUUAUGUAAAUCAACAAUGACAUAUUUAGGUCAACAUCUCAUUUUGGAGACUAGUGGGAAAAGGUUGUGAGGCCAAAUCAUUGGCAGAAAAUGUCUCUGCCUACUUUUAAUCACCUUGCUUUUGCCUUGCUGUAGCACUUCAGGCUGCGUAAAAAUCUUCAGUGAUUAGGUUGCUUUAGUUAAAAACAUAUUUGUGUUCUGCUGGAUGUGAGUUGAAUGGCUUGUAUCACAUUUCCUGGACCCUGUGUAGGGCCAGAGAGGUGCCAGGUUCAAGACUACCCUGUCUUACUGUAGUAAAUGAACCCCAGUGGAAGUUAGUGCAGGUCUGUUUGCAUAACCACUGCUAUCAUACUAUAUCAUCACCUGACGAUUUCUUUCCAUCUCCAUCCUUUAUCUACCAUGUAACUUCCCUUCCUCCUAUUUCUUACCCUGGUCCCAGAUCUGUUUGUGCUGCCGUGCAAACUACUAUGGUCAUUGUUGAGUACUUUGACAUCAUAUUUGCAAACUUCGUUUUGUGUAGGCUACAGGACCACCAAGGACUUAACCCUCUGCAUGAGUAACGCUACCUCAGAGAAAUGGAGACAAGGCGACUGAGAAGAGACAUAGAAGCCCUUCUGGGAGAUUAUAUUGGUCAGAAACUGAGAGAGAAUGGCUUCGACCCCAAGGGGAAAGGAUCCACUAGCAUGCUGGAUGACCUGGCCCAUUAUGACUUGGCCAUAAGUGUUGCCCUUUGGUGGCUGGAGAAAGAGGAGCGACAUGAUGUGAUGGACAGAGACAUCGUUGGAGUGGGCAGCCCAGGGUAUAAUGACCAGUACCCCAACCACCUGGAGAGAGAAGCCAUGAUCCUCUCUUCCUUCGCUGGGAUGAUCCUGAAUAGCUUGCCUGUAAAAGACAUUCUAGCCCUCUACACCACCAAACCGUCUGCCGCUUACCCUCACCAGCACUACAAGAGCGCCAUUGUUCAUCCCUUCACCUUGUCCUACCACCCGUUUGCCAUGCUGGGCUCAUUCAAGGCCGUGGACCACUCCAGAAAGCACACCCAGAAAUUGAAGCGGUGGCUGUCUGUGCAGGGUAAAGGAGGUGCUGCCCCUGCUGGACGGAGGGCCUUGGUGCAGUCCUCCUCAUCCACAUCUAACUCCUUCCUCAGUGACAGUGGUGAGUCCUUGAAGGAACAAACAGAGCAUUAUGAAGGAUCACUAGAAUCUCUGCAGGAUUAAGGAAAGUCCUCUCAUCCUCUACCUUACUUCACCGUUAUUACAGGGUUAUUACAGGGUUAUUCCUGGGUUAAAAAUGUUAUUACACUGUGGGUGAAAAUUCUGAUGUCCCUCUUAUAAGCUGGUACUACUGGGCCUUCACAUUCAAGGAACCCUGGCCAAUAGUAGUAUCAAUCCUCCAGUGUGUAAUCAUAUCACUAGGGGUUUCCUCUAUAUUUGGUUGUAGGUCAGGCCAUGUCCAUCUAUAAGCAAUACAAAUGUUUGACUACAUCAUAGA